GAAAAAUCUUAUUGGCUAAACAAACGCGUGGAUAGUUUCGAGUUUGUUUACCUCACACAAUGUCAUUUUAGAUUUUGCACUUCUUUAAAAUUUGGAUAUCUGGUUCACUCAAUACCUGGAAUCAACAUCGAUCGGUGAUUUUACACCACCAACAGCGGCGUAUCACCAGCCAAUCGCAUUCGAGCGACGACAUGAUGGUCGACUACGCAAAAUAUCGAGUGGUAGAAUUGAAGGAGGUUCUUAAAGCUCGUCAACUUUCAACUGACGGCUUGAAAGCUGCUUUGGUGCAACGUUUGACACAAUCGGAUGCCCGUCAUGUAUCUAUCGAGGAUGUGGUCAAUCGAAAAGUUAAAUCUAAAGUAACUUCUACCGCACCUCCACCUCGAUCGCAAAUUGGAGAUGUCAACCUGAAGCUCGGCGCUCCGGCUCAUACUAUGGAUACUCUCAAAAACACCCCAGGCUUCACUCCUACGGUCGCAGGCCAGGUAAUUCUUGGCCAAGAGAACAGUCAUGCCUCUGCACAGAACCAGAAUUCGCGAGCCGCUUUCGCAAAAAAUAUUCCUGCACAAUCCACUCCAAACAGCAGUCAGGGUGUUCUAUUCAGCGAAAAUGACUUCAGCGAUGAUGAUGAUAUAGACUUGGACACCUACUACGACUUGCCAAUGUCUCAGAAAUCUUUCACUAAUUCACAGCCAAAAUCUCAACCUGGUGCGUACAGUCCAUAUCAAAUGUGCCCUCACAAUCAAGCCCAUGGCACGAUGCCACAAACUUCAAGCUCACAACAAGGCUAUCCUACAAUGUCGCAAAAUUCUUAUCCGCCAGUAAUUACUACUCCAUGUCAGCCGUUGGCAAACAUUACAGGUAACAAAAUGCUACCGCCAUCGUCCGCUAAGGCUUACCAAAAGCCCCUGAUCUAUGCUCCCUACUUGAUGUUCUAUCAGCUAGAGCAGAUGUAUCCGAAUGGCCAAAACUUUCAGGAUGAGAAUGCAAAACUUGCACGCAGAAAAUGGUUGGCAAAGUUGGGUAUUGACGUUUCGCCAUACAACUUUGUGUUCACCAAUGAGUCACAAAGAGAUAAAGUCGAAAUUCAUUGGGCUUUGAAGUCUCCGGAAGAGCGCCGAGAUAUCGAACAGAAAGCUGUUCAAUUGAAGCCACCCUAUCAACUCACGCAUGCGGUACCGCUACGCUUAGCCCCUUUGGUUUUACGAGCACCUGUUCCAAUCAAUCUUAUCGGUCCAGUCCCUCUGUCGUUCUACGAAUUGGAGCAAAAAUAUUUCAAAAUUCCACAUAGAGAAAAUUUGGCUUACUAUGAUCUUGUUCCAAAACGCUUGGCUUGGCUUGAAGCACUAGGCUUCGACGACCCCAGAUAUCUACCUCUAGCGCAGAGUACGCGGGAACUACAGGUAUUGAACGAUCUCCAUGAUCAAAAACCAAGCGUAGAGCGAAGAGCUAUUGAAGCUAAAGCAAAGUAUAUCAAUGCCAAGCCCAGCAUGCCAGAUCUUUCGUGGGAGAAUCUAGAGAAAGAGUAUGAGAUAUACCCAGUAAGUGCUUUCACGACAAAUACAGCAUAUAGCGACAAACGCCGCGAAUGGCUCCAAAAGCUCGGCCUUGAUGUUAUCCCAUUCUGCUAUAAAACUGCACAGCUUCAUGAGGGCAAUAUGCAGGGAAUGGAAGUUGCCUGGAGUGAAAUGACUGAGGUUGAACGCAGUAGAGUUCUUGAGACUGCGAAAACCAUCAAAGAAGAUAGCAACCCAGUUGUUGAAUUAUGGUCAGAAUUUGAGUAUACAUAUGGGUUUACUAAAGAAAAGGACAAGGAGUUUAAGAACGACCCUGUUGGCUAUUCCAAAAAGCGCGGAUUAUGGAUCAUUGACAUAGGACUGAAUGACGAACCUUUCAAGAACGUCAACGCCGGUCCUACCGCUUUACAAGCAGCAUGGUCCACAAAGCCUAUCGAGGAGAGAAAGGCCAUUGCCAACAAAGCUAAGUGGGAGAAAGAACGCUUUGUUAGGGACUUGGCGAGAAAAAAAGCCGAAAAGGCAGGGGGCAAUUACAAGCCUCCUCCUACUGAAGUCAAGAAAACAAGCAAGCGCUCAUCUAUGACCAAAACGUAUAACUACAAAGUUUCUAAGUCCUCUAGUUAUAGAAACAAUCAGUGUGGCUAUGGUGGCUAUGGUAGAUCAUAUUCUUCACGUUAUGGAUAUGGAUGUGGAUAUAAAAGAUACUAGUUUGGGCUGACGUGCUUGCUUGACUUUUUCUAACCAUCUUUUUACGAAGAUACAAUGUUCUAAUAGUUGCUUAUCUCUGAAUUUGCAUUCACGAUGCUUUACUAAAUCUUUCCUUUGGGCUGUGUUUUCAUGGAAUAUUUUCUAGGGGAAGGGAAGGUUGCCAAGGGUCUACCCGGAGCUGCUCAAUCAUUGCUUCAUCUGAAUUUGUACUUUCGGUUGACUUUUGGCGCAUGGCGUCGAGGAGUCUGCUAACCAUUCCUUGUAUAUGGUUGAAGACGUGGUAUUGAAGUAUCGAGAAGUAGAUAUGGCUCACCAGUUUGGCACACAUGAAGGGGUUGUCUCUCAAACGGAAUCAACAGAUAGUGUACAAUACAUACUGAAAUUAAUAAUCA